ACAAAAGUCACAGAAGAGGUGAAAGAGGGUAGGCAUUAAAGCAGCUACAAAAAUUUGUUCAGAAAAUGCGUAGCAAAAGUAAACACUGAAUUUAUUGCUCUGCCUCAACCUCCUCCACAUUGCUGCUUCACAUGCACUUCUUCUUCCUUUGAAAUUUGAUUUAUCCACACCCCUUUGCCUUUAUUACCUCACACAUAACUCCACUUUGAUAAUCAUCAUCCCCCAGACACAGUUCUGUGACACACACCUGCACAUUCCUUUCCAUCUUACAAUGCCAGAGACUUUCACUGUGAAGGUUGAAGAGGGAAGGCCUGCAACUGAUGGAAACCCAUCAGCAGGUCCUGUCUAUAGGAGCAUUUAUGCCAAAGAUGGUCUCUUGGAGGUUCCUUCUGAUUUGGAAUCACCCUGGGAUUUCUUCAGGAACUCUGUUAAGAGGAAUCCCAACAGCAAAAUGCUUGGUAGGCGUCAAAAAACAGAAUCUAAGGCGGGUUCCUACAUAUGGCUUACAUAUCAAGAGGUUUAUGAUGCUGCCUUGAGAAUGGGUUCUGCCAUGAGGAGCCGUGGGCUCAAUCCAGGAGAUCGUUGCGGCAUAUAUGGGUCCAACUGCCCUGAAUGGAUCAUUGCCAUGGAGGCUUGCAACAGCUGUGCAGUGUCAUAUGUUCCCUUAUAUGACACCCUUGGUCCUAACGCGGUGGAGUUUAUCAUAAAUCAUGCUGAAGUUUCAAUUGCAUUUGUUCAGGAGAAAAAAAUUCCAUCAAUUUUGUCAUGUCUUGCGCAGUGUUCUUCAAAUCUUAAAACUAUUGUGAGCUUUGGAAGUGUUUCGACCACACAAAAGAAGGAAGCUGAGGAGCAUGGUGUGUCCUGCUUCUCAUGGGAUGAGUUUCUUCAGUUGGGAUGUCUGGAUUGGGAUUUACCCUCGAAAAAAAAGACAGACAUUUGCACAAUAAUGUACACAAGUGGAACAACUGGAGAUCCCAAAGGUGUGGUAAUUAAGAAUGAGGCUUUCAUGGCUGAAGUGUUGUCUGUUGACGACAUACUUAUGUUAACAGACAGAGUGGCAGCAGAAGACGAUGUGUACUUCUCCUUUCUUCCUCUUGCUCACGUAUAUGACCAAAUAAUGGAGACCUAUUGCAUCUCCAAGGGUUCAUCAAUAGGAUUUUGGCAAGGAGAUGUCAGGUUUUUGCUGGAAGAUGUUCAGGCACUGCAACCAACUAUGUUUUGUGGUGUUCCUAGAGUUUAUGAUCGCAUUUGUGCUGGUAUCAAAAGCAGACUUUCUUCAGCAGGAGUACUGCGGAGUACAUUGUUUCAGUGUGCUUACAACUACAAGCUAAAAUAUCUGGAGAAGGGUCUUCCACAACACAAAGCAGCGCCUCUAUUCGAUAAGCUUGUGUUUGACAAGACAAAACAAGCACUGGGUGGACGUGUUCGCAUCCUGUUAUCAGGGGCUGCUCCUUUGCCUAGGCAUGUGGAAGAGUUUAUGAGAGUCACUAGUGGAUCUACAUUAUCACAAGGAUAUGGUCUUACUGAAAGUUGUGCUGGGUGUUUCACUGCCAUAGGUGAUGUGUAUUCUAUGACAGGAACAGUUGGGGUUCCCAUGACAACCACUGAAGCCAGGCUUGAAUCUGUGCCAGAGAUGGAAUAUGAUGCACUUUCCAAUGUACCCCGAGGAGAAAUUUGUCUGAGAGGAAACACCUUGUUCUCUGGUUAUCACAAGCGCGAAGAUCUGACCAAAGAGGUUAUGGUUGAUGGUUGGUUUCACACAGGAGACAUUGGAGAGUGGCAACCAAAUGGAGCCAUGAAAAUUAUUGAUAGGAAGAAAAAUAUCUUCAAAUUAUCUCAAGGAGAAUAUAUUGCUGUGGAGAAUAUUGAAAACAAGUACUUGCAGUGCCCCCUUAUAGCAUCGAUUUGGGUGUAUGGAAACAGCUUUGAGUCGUUCUUGGUGGCUGUUGUGGUCCCUGAAAGAAAGGCCAUUGAGGAUUGGGCAAUAUUGCACAAUGUGAGUGAUGAUUUUAAAUCAUUAUGUGACAAUCUAAAAGCAAGAAAGUACAUUUUGGAUGAACUCAACAGCACUGGUCAGAAACUCCAACUCAGAGGAUUUGAGCUGCUAAAAGCCAUUCACCUGGAGCCAAAUCCCUUUGACGUGGAGAGAGAUUUAAUAACUCCAACAUUCAAAUUGAAGAGACCACAACUGCUCAAGUACUAUAAGGAUCACAUUGAUCAACUAUACAAAGAAGCAAAGGGAGCAAUGCAGUGAACAAAAUGAGCAACGAUUUUUCUGAAUUCUGGCAGUUAUGAAGCAAAAUCCAUUUGACAUAUUUUGGUUCAUUAUUGUAUUUACUGAUGUGAAAAAUCAUAAACAUAGAUAGAAUAGUUCGUAUGUUGUUGAAAGCAACUUUUGUAAAAAAUCACAUAGUAAAUUGUGUGGACAAUGCAACAUAUUUACUUCUUUUGGCAUAUGAAAUCCAAUCCAAAUACAAAAGGUCAUUAGGAAAA